UGAACCGAUCCAACAAAUCCAGAACUCGGUUGUUCGAUCCGUUUUCAACCAAAAGCAGACGAGAGAGACUGACUCCCUCCUUGAUCACAAACCCGAAACCCCCACCUGUCACAAAGGUUGAAGGAACUGUCGGAGUAGGGCGGGCAGCCAGUGUGGACACGAGCCGUCGUCUUCACUUAGAAAAUCUAAAAGAAGAGGAAAGCGAGGAUCAAAACAUGCAGAGAGUGAAAGCUUUGGUAACAGUGAGACAUUCCCUUCAAGGUGUCCGGUCUUUCGCCAAUCAGAGAAGCUUUUCUUCUCAACCAAACUAUGCUUCGGAUGUUGAUACGCAAGAACAGGUUUUAGUAGAAGGAAGAGCUAAAUCUAGAGCUGCCAUUCUCAACAGACCCUUUGCUCUUAAUGCCCUCACCUCUUCAAUGGUGGCUCGGUUGAAGAGAUUAUACGAGUCAUGGGAAGAAAACCCGGAUAUUGGAUUUGUUCUGAUGAAGGGUAGUGACCGAGCGUUUUGUUCAGGAGCAGAUGUAGUUACUCUCUAUCAGUUGAUUAGUGAAGGAAAUGUUGAAGAAUGUAAACAGUUUUUCAAUAAGUUAUACAAGUUUGCGUACCUGCAAGGGACAUAUUUAAAACCACAUGUGGCUAUCUUAGAUGGCAUUACCAUGGGAUGUGGUGCUGGAAUCUCUCUGCCAGGGAUGUUUAGGGUCGUAACAGAUAAAACUGCUUUUUCUCAUCCAGAGGCCCAAAUGGGGUUUCAUCCUGAUGCAGGAGCUUCCUUUUAUCUCUCUCGUCUACCUGGUUACUUAGGGGAAUACUUGGCUCUGACGGGAGAAAAACUUAAUGGUGUUGAAAUGAUUGCUUGUGGCCUAGCAACUCACUAUUGCUUAAAUGCGAGACUUGGUUGGGUUGAAGAACACAUUGGCAAAUUGGCAAAUGAUGAUCCUUCUGUUAUAGAAACUACUCUUGGACAAUAUGGUGACCUUGUUUACCCAGACAGAAGCAGCAUCCUUCAUAAGAUUGACACAAUUGAUAAAUGUUUCAGCCAUGACACAGUCGAAGAAAUUGCUGAUGCGUUGGAAAAUGAGGCGGCCACUUCCUCUGAUGAAUGGUGUACAAGAAUGCUAAAAAAAAUGAAGGCGGCCUCCCCUUUGAGCUUAAAAGUCAUUUUACGAUCAAUAAGAGAAGGUAGAUUUCUCCCUCUUGAUCAAUGUCUUGCACAAGAGUAUCGGAUAUCCCUCCGUGCUAUCUCAAAACAGGUCUCUAAUGACUUCUACGAGGGCAUUCGGGCACGUUUGGUGGACAAGGAUUUUGCUCCGAAGUGGGAUCCCCCAAGUUUAGAAGAUGUGAGUAAAGACAUGGUGGACUUUUAUUCCUUACCACUUCAGGAACCUGAGCCUGAGCUGGAGCUACCGACAGCAACACGAGAACCUUACAUUUGAAGUGCAUUCACAUACAAUUAGAAUAUGAAUGUUAUAAUUUGUGGUCUAGACAUGUGAAAGUUUUUCUGAUUUUUUCUAGUUUCCUUUUAUUCUUUUUCUUAGGACCACGGUUCUUGGAUCCAUUGAUGUCUGAGAGAGAUGAGGUUAGGAACUAUUUUAUAGAACAGGCAUCUAAUGAUGUAAUAUCUUUUUUGUUACUGUUAGUAAGCUAUCAAAUAACUUCAUAUUCAAUGAUCGUUUUAA